AUGUGGUUAUUCAUAAUCAUACUUCUAAUAAUUAUCCUGCUAUGGUUUUACCACAACCAGCAGUUGAGCGAAGGUAAACCCGGAAUUCCGGCGAUUCAAAUGCUACUAGACGCGAUUGGUGAAACAUCGAUACAACAACGACCUAAACAUGGGGAGAAAGCCGUCAGAGAAGCACAAAAAAUGGAAGAGCCAGAAAAACUCGUCACAAAUAAAAUUCCCUCGAGGGACCAAUUGAAAGCCAAAUUGGAACCGAGGAAGGAGAAAAAGCAAAAAGUUCGCCAGGUUUUCAAGAGAGCGACGUCCCCGGUGAAAGCAUUGAAAAAGGAACGUAAAGAGGUGGAAGCGAAAGUGUCAACGUCGGGAAGAAUCAAAUCUGAAAUUGAAACGAGCGAUGUCACAGCGAGCCAAAGGAAUAAACUGAAAACGAAGGAAGUUUCAGUCCAGAAGAAAGCAGAGCCGAAAAUGAGGUCUGAGGUAGGUAUGAAAAGGCGUCUAGUGAAGAAGCUGAAACGAAAAGAAAAGAAGGAGAUGCCUGAGCAUCUAAUUCAGAGGCCUUCAGAAAAAGUUGACAAAAAGAAGGUUCUUGAAGAGAAACAAGCCGAAGUGUCACUAAGCACUGCAAGGGCUUCAGCUCCCGCAGAGACAGCGUCCCAAAGGCUUCCUGAUCGCAAAAAGAAAUUACUGAAGAUCAAAUCAUUGAAAAAAUCUCUGAAAGCACAGCUGUCCAAGAAAACCGCAUCAGACCGGUUGUCAAAGUCAGAGAAAAGUAGUCAGCCGUCACUGUUGGCCGAGAAAGCGCCUUCUGCGCUUGCCAAACUUGAGAAAAUCAAAAAAGAAAAACACGAAGAAAAAAAGAAGCAUGAAGAAAGGACGAAAAGCGAAAAGGAGCAAAAGAGCGCAGCUGCCUUGGCAGCUGCAAAGGCUCCAUCACAAACGUCGCUUGUUGGCAAAGAAUCUGCCGAACACAAAAAGAAAUUAGUGAAAAUCAAAUCUUUCAAGAAGCAUAUCUCGAAAAAACACAUUCCAGAUCACGUGGCAAAGUCGGAAACUAAACCAGGGACAAACGGUCAGCAUUUGUUGUCAGCCAAGCCAACGCCUUCCAUGCCAGAAAAGCUGGAGAAGAUCAAGAAAGAGAAGCACGUGGAGAAAGAUCAACUUCAAAGGGAAAUGGCGGCAAGGGAUUCAAAGAGUGCCACCGCCUCGGCUACUGCAGAGGCGUCAUAUCGAAAAGCACUUGCUGAAAAAUCGGAGACUCGUGAACACAAGAAACUAAUGAAAAUGAAAUCUUUUAAAAAGUCCUUCAAAAAACAGCUGGAUAAAAGGACAGGAUCUUAUGACGUGGCCAAGGCGGAAAAGAGGAGUCAGCAGUCGUCGUUAGCCAAAAUGACACCAUCUACACCAGCCAAAUUUGGGAAGAUCAUAAAAGACAAGACAAAGCACAAUGGUGAUGUUGAACUGUCAUCCAAAAAGAAUCAUAAGAAUCAUACCGCUCCUGCAAAACGUGAGGAAAAAGAAACGCCCAAUGUGUUGGAAGGGUCUAAACAACAGGAACGACAAGAGUUACAGAGACAGUCGAUGUUCAAGGGACAAAAUGGAGGGUUGCCCAAAACUGAGGUUCACGAUAAUGCUGCUGCAAAAACGGAGUCAGAGGAAAAUGUUCAAGACGUCGGAAAGGUCGUCACCUCGCGAAAGGAAAAUGGUAGAAGUUCGGUUGGCCCGCCGCGUAAAGAGCAUGUAAAAAUGAUUCCCGUACGUAGGUUAAUCGAAUCGAUCGCGAAGCGGCAACCUAAGAGUAAUUCCAGUCAAGCAGAGGGCAAAGAUGACAAACUAGCAAAUCAGAAUGAGGAUUUAGGUAACGUGAAAGACGAACUUCAAAAGAUUCUAAAAGGAGAGGAGAGAAGACGGAAUUGA